AAGUGCUUUAGCAGGUUUCAUCGAGAGAAGCAGAAGAAGUCGACAUGUUGCUGGAGGUGUGUGUACUGUGGACGUUCUGUACGGCCGUCACUAUUGCGGCCACGGCUGACCAACCGGGCUCUGAACGGCCAAAACCCGACUUUUCGAACAUGUAUCCUGUGGUUGCCGGACCACCAGGUACGUCCGGGGUACCUGGGAUACCAGGGAACCCUGGGAUGCCUGGUCGGGACGGGGUGAAAGGUGAGAAGGGAGACGCGGGGACUUGUGGGUGCGCCGGCCGAGGCCGCAAUAUCAAGCAGUGCUCCUGGAAGGAACUUAACAGUGGGACAGACUCGGGCAGAAUUGCGGGGUGUACCUUCAACAAGAACCGAGAUGACUCGACCGUCAUGGUCCUGUUUAACGGCGCCAUGCGGGUCAAGUCGGGAGCUGCAGCCUGCAAGCGCUGGUUCUUCACCUUCAACGGCGCGGAGUGCACCGACCCGAUGUCCAUAGAGGCCAUGGUGUACAUGGACACUGAACUGUCCAUCAACAUUCAUCGGGCAGGCACGGUUCAGGGUCUGUGUUCCGGGAUCGGGCGCGGCGUGGUGGACGUGGCGCUGUGGGUGGAGGACUGUGAGGGGUACUCCAACGGCGACUCCGCCACCGGCUGGAACUCAGUCUCCCGCCUCAUCAUCGAGGAGAUAGAAACCAGCGUCAACCCGUGAUCACUGACGACUGGGUACAGCGGAACUGCACAGGCACUAUGGCUGAUUCAAACUCAACUAAGAAUUCUCAGUCCGCUUUUGUCAUUGCCAUUGGGCU